UUUCGUAUGUAUAGUACUGUUGAUGAUAAAUUCGUCGUUUUAUAGUAACGGUGGGCCCCACACCGUCAAAAUUGACCAGCAAUGAAGUCAUCAACACUCAACUCUUUGAAACUCCAAUCUCUCUCUGACCCUUCACCACCACCACCUUCCCCUCUCUCUCUCUCUCUCUCUCAAUCUCUCCGCCGUGACUCUCUCUCUCCCACCCAUUUCCGUCGUGUAAGCUGUAAAAAUGUCAUCUUUUUAGCCAAACUCAAAUACCCAUUUUACCAUUUUCAAAACCCACUUAGAUUUUCUCAUUUUUUUAACAAAUUAAGAAAAAACACAAAUCUUGAUGCCUAAACUGGUUUCACUAGCAUAAAAGCAUGCAUUUUUAAUUAGUGUCUUUAUAAAAAUGACAUCUUUUUAGCCAAAAAUCAGAUACCCAUUUCAUCAUUUUCAAAACACAGUUACAUUUUUUCCAUUUUUGUUAACAAAUCAAGAAAAAACCCAAAAUCUUGAUGCCUAAAUUGAUUCCAAUCGCAUAAAAAAACCUGUAAAGAUUUAUUCUUUUUAGCAAAACUCCGAUAAACCAUUUCACCAUUUUAAAAACCCAUCAAAACCCAGUUAGAUUUUCCCAUUUUUUUAACAAAUCAAGAAAAAAACCAAAAUCUUGAUGCAUAAAUUGAUUUAAAUCGAAUAAAAAGCAUGCAUUUUUAAGUAAAGGCUUCACCGGAAUAUAUACCGGCGGUGGACGGUGGCGAAUGGGUUGUGUAAUAUCUAAUCUCAGUGCUAAAUUUGCCUUCUUUCCCCCAUCGCCACCCACCUACCAGAUCAAGAAACAAGAAGAUGGUAAGUUAACGGCUGUUUACACGUCAUCCUCCACUGCGCUGACGUCAGCUAACGGUGGAGGUGGCGGCGGCGGCGGUGGUGGUGGUUACUCACUUGAUGUGUUGGUGCUACCCACUAGAAGAGGGAACAAGAUUGUAGCUUUUUAUCUUAAGAACCCUUAUGCAAGACUCACUCUAUUGUAUUCUCAUGGUAAUGCUGCUGAUUUGGGUCAACUAGUUGACCUUUUUGUUCAACUCAAAGCUAAUCUUAGAGUCAAUCUCAUGGGAUAUGAUUAUUCGGGCUACGGAGCGUCAACCGGCAAGCCAAGUGAGCUUAAUACAUAUGCUGACAUAGAGGCCGUUUACGAGUGUCUCCAGACUGAAUAUGGUGUCAGCCAGGAAGACUUGAUUCUCUAUGGACAGUCGGUCGGAAGUGGGCCGACACUCCAUUUGGCUUCUAAGUUACCUAGGUUAAGAGGUGUUGUUUUACACAGUGCCAUUCUUUCUGGCCUUCGUGUCGUUUGUCAUGUUAACUGCAGAUUUUGCUUCGAUAUUUACAAGAAUGUUAACAAGAUUCAGAAGGUCAAAUGCUCCACACUCGUGAUACAUGGUAUGGAGGACGAUGUUGUAAGUUGGCUACACGGAAACCGACUAUGGAAGAAGGCUAAGGACCCGUACGAACCGUUAUGGAUCAAAGAAGGUAACCACUGCAACUUAGAGCUCUAUCCCGACUACAUCCGUCAUCUUUACAAGUUCAUUUACGAUAUGGAAACCAUGACCACCAAAACCCGACUUACAAAGAUCAAACAAAAGCUCAGGCUACCAAAAAAGUCAAACACCGGGAAGUCAACUGCAGGCUGCUCUUGUUGUUGUAUAAAAGUUGGGCAGCCAAGCUGCCGCCCGAAAUGCCCAAAACCUCAGUGCCCGAAAUCGAAAUGCCCAAAACCUCAGUGCCCGAAAUGUUUGUGCUCACCAAAAUGCCCGGAUUGUUUGCAAUGCGGAUGCUGUUGUCUUAACUGGAAGUUUAGUUGUUGCUGGCUGCCAAAACCGAAAUGCCCAGAUGUAAAGUUACUCAAAUGCCCUUCGUGUUUGAGAUGCGGAUGUGGAUGUGGAUGUGGAUGCGGAUGUGGAUGCUUUACGUGUUUAUGCAAGUGCAUGCGGUGUUCUUGCUGGUGAUGUAGGGUUGUUUUAGUGAUCGGGUGGGUAUACAUUGAGUUAGGAUUUCGAGCAGGGAAAGGUUAUAAACAUGUACAGAUUUUCUUUCUUAACGGGCGCGUGUCUGAAGAUGGUGAAAGGAUAGGGAUUUAGUGUUUUGAUGAUGAUAACUUGAUUUUCUAUGGAUUUCUGGAUAAUUAUUUAUGUUUGAAAAGUUUUGAUGCACAA